AUGGAAACACUAGCCACGGAUUCCACGGACCAUGAGACCUCUGCCCAAGAGAGCGGAUGGGAUGAGACGUCUGAACAUCCGGGGGAUGGAAACAGUGAUUCAGGGGAGAGUCUGUUCAUCACUCAGGCGCCUGUGCCAGAGGCAGUGCGAUCCGAGAGACGCAGGCGAUCCACCUUGACAUCAACCCAAACGGAUGAUGACACUUCAGACUCUUCUUCGGAUGAAAACUCCAAGACGGAUAAAAAAAAGAUAAGGAAAAAAGGCAAAGUGCCAAUGUUCAGCUUCCCUUUCCUCGCUGAGAGGGCAAACGAGCAGUCAAUAACCGAGUUACCUCGCCGGCAGAACAACAGGCUACACAAAUCAUUGAUGAGAGGCUACUUUGAAUGUGUUCGCACGAUGUGGAACGGCUAUGAGAGAGGAGAUCUGCUUACCUCUUUACCUACAAUUGACAUGAAUGAUGUCCACAUUCCCCCAAUAUCAGAAGUUGAAGAAGAGGAGCCAGAGGACGAGGAAUUCAAAGUGGUGGAAAAGAAACGCUUUGUGGUGACACUGAAGGGAAAGUGCUCAAAAUCAGGGUUCAUUUUGAAAGAUGGUGACCGUGAGGUGAAGCGACAAAAAAAGACACCAAGCAGUUCUGGAAGUGACUCGCGAGAAAGACGAUGGAAGACGACACGCGAUUUCCAGAAUCUGUCUUCAGACACAGACUACUCUGAUGAAGAAGAUUUUCAAACUGACUCCCAAGAAGAAGAGACGGGGGAUGAACACGUUACGACCAGUGGAAAGUUCACCGUCCUAAAGGAAGCAUCGGUGGGUGAGAGAACGCAACAGGAAAGUGAGCCUGUUGGUAAUCAAACAGGAACAGAGCUGGUUUAUGAUACUGUUUCUGAAUUAAGGCCAGAUGAGCCGGAACAGACGAGCGGCAAAGUGUUCACUGCUGUAACAGAUGAUCAGAGGGAUGUUUCCCAAAGAAAAAAUGAGCCAAAAAGGCAAAAUCAUGACAUGCUUUACAGUAAAAAUGGACUCGAGAAUAAGAGAAAAGGCAGAGAUCAUGAAACUUUAGAGGGAGAAAAGGAUGAUGGACAAAAGACAGCUGACGGUCAGCAUCCUGCAGCAUCUGUGUGUGAGGGGACCGUUGAAGUGGACAAAGUUUUGUCACAGGCCACCAGUGAGCCAGAUUAUACAGGUUUACGGACAGAGAAAAAUAAAAAAUCUGCCGCAGAAGAGGCCGGACAGAAGCCCAUUGAAGAGCCUGAAGAAAGGCAGGAGGUCUGUGGCACAGAGAAUGUCACCAAGAAGAAGAAGAAAAAGAGGAAAAGAAGUGUGGAUAGCUGUGUCCAAGUGGAGCUUUUUCAGGAAUACUCUGCUACCGAACAUCAAGCCGAUGUCGGCGAUGCACCGAAGAAAAAAAAGAAGAAAAAUAAAAAAGACUGUAGCGAGACUUCAGAUCUCCCUCAGAUGCCAACAGAACACCUCGAAGAGACGGCCGAUUGUUUAGAAAAUCCAGAGGCCUGUCAGGAAACAUUAGAAUCAAGCCAUGUUAAGAGAAAAAAACACAAAAAGAAGAAAAAGUCAGAUUCUAAUGAGCAUACUCAAGUCGGAGAAGAUGCUUUUAAUGAUGUAGAAUUGGCAAAUGAUGAUGUAACGCUGGCAGAAAGUGCAGAACCGUAUUUUAAAAAGAAAAAGAAGCAAAAGGUUUCAGAGCCAGAGCAUAUCCCAAUCCCUCCAGAAGAUGAUGGAAAUGUAGAUUGUACAGAGACAAUGGCGGAAGAUGCUGAAAUCAGAGUCAAGAAGAAGAAGAAAAAGAGAAAAAAAUCCAGCACCGACAUGUCGGAGGACACUGUUUCACCAGGCGAUUUUUCUGCAUCUGCACAAAAACAGUUAGAGAAGAGCGCCUCUUCCUUCCUGGUUGCUGAUGAGGAGGAAAACGCCAAACAGACUCUUAGGAAAAAAUGCACCGACUCGUGUCCCGAAAAGCCCAGCCUCAGCGUUUUCUCAGCAGAAAUGACAGGAAGUCUGCAGGAAACUAACGGUGGGUUCAGGAAAAAGAAGAGAAAAAAGAGGUCAGCCACACAGCAGAGUCUGUCUGGAGAGGCAGAUUAUGAAGAACCAGAGGAGAGGGGCCAGGCGGCCCCGUGUGACUCUGGGGUCAGGACAAAAGAUGACGAAACUGUGAUAUUGAAAAAAAGAAAGAAAAAGAAAAAUGCACAUGGCGCUCCAGCAGCUGCUUCUGAAGAUGCUGAACCAGAUCAUCCAUCCUCAAGGACCCCUGAAAUUCAGACUUUGGGUGACAAAAGAGGUAAGACAAAGAAGAAAAAAGGGAAAGCUUUGGAUCAAGUUCCAGGAGUUGAAUCAUUCACCGGGAAUGCUGAAACGGAGGUGUUUGAAACCAAAAAUAAGGAAAGGAAAGAGCCCACAGCUGAGUGCAGCUUGGGAUCUCACCCUGAAACGUCCUCUUCAGGCCACAUCAAGAAAAACAAGCUCAAGAAAGCCAAAAGGAGGCUUCAUAAUCUCAAUGAGGACAUCUUUUCAGUGUUAGGGUGA